UAGACUGCGGCGAGAGUUUGGCGAGCGUCUUUGCGCAGGCGCAGCCGUUACUCGCGGCCGUUCUCUCCGAGGCAGUCUCGCGCUUUAUACGUUAACAUGUCGGGUCGCGGCAAGACCGGCGGGAAGGCCCGUGCCAAGGCCAAGUCUCGCUCUUCGCGAGCCGGGCUGCAGUUCCCCGUGGGCCGUGUGCACCGAUUGCUGAGGAAGGGCCACUACGCGGAGCGAGUCGGGGCCGGCGCGCCCGUGUACCUGGCGGCGGUGCUGGAGUACUUGACGGCCGAGAUCCUGGAGCUGGCGGGGAACGCGGCCCGGGACAACAAGAAGACCCGCAUCAUCCCCCGCCACCUGCAGCUGGCCAUCCGUAACGACGAGGAGCUCAACAAACUCCUGGGCGGCGUGACCAUCGCCCAGGGCGGCGUCCUGCCCAACAUCCAGGCGGUGCUGCUGCCCAAGAAGAGCGGCGCCAUCACGGGACCCAAGGCCCCGGGCAGCAGCGGCAGCAAGAAGGGCACGCAGGCCUCGCAGGAGUACUGAGGGCAGCCCCGGCUUCGGUGCCGCGGCCGCCCGGCCCCCGCGCACCAGCCGCCACCCAAACACCACAAAGGCCCUUUUCAGGGCCCCCCUCCCCCCUCACUGAGAGAGCUGCUCCACUCGCCUGCGUCCCCCAGCCCCGCCCCCUCCCGGCCGCGGGAAGUCCGGAGCCGCGGCCCAGCGGGAGGGAGCCCCGUUUAUUCCGACGACUCUUGGCAGCUACUGAACAAAGCACGGGACUAUCGCGCGCGGGGCGGCUGGAUGGGGACCGGCGGACCACCAGCUUGGGACAACUCUGCGUGCCGCGUCCCGGCCCGCGCUCAAGUUCCAUCCCAGCCCGGACCUCCGGCUCCUGAACUGAAUUUUCUCAGCUUAGACUCUUUGCCUUUAUCCGGGGGAAUGGAGAGACUGUGAAAGACAAUUUGUUAGUUUGAAUAACUUAAUUUUAUUAAAUGGUUUUUUUCUAA